ACCCCAUAUUCUUUCUCUUCUCUUUGAAAUCCACCACUCUCACAACGCGCCAAGUUUUCUUCCUCCUUGCUUCUGACAAACAGAAUGUUCUGCCCCUCGGACGGGUUGAUUGGCUGUUCGGAUAAUUCAUGGCGCAACCUGAGGAGCCGAUUGGUCAGUCCCGCCUUGACGGGCCCUUCCAGUGUCCGCGGCUACCUGUUUGAUGAGGGAAUUCUCGUGCUCUCCCUAAGCGCUGCUGCUGCUGUGGCGGCUGGAGGACAGGUGGGCUGGCAGACCGGGGCGGCGCUGGCAUUUGCGGAGUAAAGACCGACGCUCACGCGCGCGGGCGGCAAACAAGCAGAGACGGAGCCGGACCUCGCAUGGAUUCGUGGCGGUGCCUCUGCUUCCCCUUGCCUCUCUGGAGCCCCCGAAGCGGGGUGAGGCUGCUGCUCCUGCUCUUGACAGUGCGCUUGGGGAGCUGCCCUGAUAAAGCAGAUGAUGAGGAUGAUGAAGACCUAACAGUGAACAAAACAUGGGUGCUUGCCCCAAAGAUACAUGAAGGAGACGUCACUCUUAUACUGAACUCUUUACUCCAAGGCUAUGAUAAUAAACUUCGGCCAGAUAUUGGAGUGAGAACCACAGUAAUUGAAACAGAUGUCUAUGUUAACAGCAUUGGUCCAGUUGAUCCAAUUAAUAUGGAGUACACCAUAGAUAUAAUUUUUGCCCAGACCUGGUAUGACAGUCGUCUGAAAUUUAAUAGCACCAUUAAAGUACUUAUGUUGAAUAGCAAUAUGGUUGGAAAAAUAUGGAUUCCCGACACUUUCUUCCGAAACUCAAGGAAAUCGGAUGCUCAUUGGAUCACAACUCCAAACCGAUUGCUUCGAAUUUGGAGUGAUGGACGAGUAUUAUACACCCUAAGGUUGACAAUUAAUGCUGAAUGUUAUCUUCAGCUUCAUAAUUUUCCAAUGGAUGAGCAUUCAUGUCCACUGGAGUUUUCAAGCUAUGGAUACCCAAGGAAUGAAAUUGUAUAUAAAUGGAAGAAAACUUCUGUCGAAGUAGCAGAUCCCAAAUACUGGAGAUUGUAUCAAUUUGCAUUUGUAGGCCUAAGAAAUACAACAGAUAUCUCUCAUACACAGUCUGGGGAUUAUGUUGUCAUGACAAUCUUCUUUGUUCUGAGCAGACGUAUGGGGUAUUUUACAAUUCAGACAUACAUUCCUUGCAUAUUGACCGUUGUUCUUUCCUGGGUCUCCUUCUGGAUUAAUAAAGAUGCAGUGCCAGCAAGGACGUCAUUAGGCAUCACCACCGUGUUGACUAUGACAACGCUGAGUACAAUUGCAAGGAAGUCUCUUCCCAAGGUUUCCUAUGUUACAGCAAUGGACCUUUUUGUCUCUGUGUGUUUUAUUUUUGUGUUUGCUGCCUUGAUGGAGUAUGGCACCUUGCAUUAUUUCACCAGCAACAAAAAAGGGGCCAAAGAGAAAGACAAGAAAUCAAAGAACAAGUCAUCAAAUCUGCCUGUGCUUACAGUCCGCCCUGGAUCAACAUUAAUUCCAAUGAACAAUAUCCGUCACCUUCAAGAACAUGAUGACAGUUAUGGAUACGAGUGUCUUGAAGGUAAAGACUGCACCAGCUUCUUUUGCUGCUUUGAUGACUGCCGCACAGGAUCAUGGAGAGAAGGAAGGAUACACAUCCGAGUGGCCAAAAUUGACUCUUACUCUCGGAUCUUUUUCCCCACAGCCUUUGCCCUAUUCAACCUUGUUUAUUGGAUUGGUUAUCUUUACCUGUAAGUACCAGAUAUUUCACAGUCCUGGACAAGGGAUAACUGACACUUUUAAACACAUCAUAAUGAACAAGCUUUAAAAGUUAAAGCUUCUCACUUUUUUCUUUUUUAAUGCCUUAUGUUUCAAAAAUACAGAAUCCGAGAACAAAUUGAAACACUGAUAAAACUCUUCUCCCUUGACCAGUUACAAACUUGUUUUGAAAUUAUUCAGAUUUGUAAAGAGGAUGGAUUUAUACAUUUCCCUUUAUUUUUGAACUAACUUUAAUAAAAAUCAGUGGUUUAAAGGCUAGAUCAGGAAUUUCUUCCUAAGUUUUUUAAAGAGGACAACAGUUCUGUAGCAGCUCUUACACCAAAGCUGACAAAGCCUUAAUACCCUGGAAACUAAGACUAAUCUGAAAAAGAUUGACUUACCUACUUCUGAUCCCAGAGUAAUUAGAUCUAAGCCAGUUUAAAUACAUUGACAAAUAAAGCACUUUAAUGGGAUGUAAUCAGUUUAAACCACUUACUCUGGCUUGAGCAAUUUGUGGAUAGGAAUGAAAGGACAAUGCUGAGGAUCAAAUUACAUGUGAUCCAGAGGGCAGGAACAUGGGAAGCUGCCAACUACUGAGUCAGACCAUCUAGCUUAGUAUUGUCUACUCUGAUAAUAGCUCCCCAGGGCUUCAGGCAGGCAUUUUUCUCAGCCCUACCUGGAGAUGUCUGAGAUUGAACAUGGGACCUUCAGCAUUGCUAAACUGAUGCUCUACCACUGAACCAUGCCCCCCUCCCAAUAAUAAGAUCUCCCAGUGCAUUUUUUAGCCUUAAAGGCAGCUUUGGAGCCCUUGAUUUGGAUUAUGGCUGUAGAAGUGGAAGGGAGGUUUAACCUUUCCCCCUUGCACUGCUCUUCCAAUGGAAAUUGCCUUUUGAAACUCUUAAUAGCCAUGGAGAGAGAAAGAAAGGCAGGUACUGUAUUCAUAUACCUGCAGGAAGUAGUCAUUUGCAUUUAGUCAUCAGACCAUAGCAAAACAGAUUAUACAAAAUAUACCAUCAAAUUAACACGCAGGCCCAAACUGAUAAAAAAUACAAUGAAUCUAAAAAUCCAAUAGAAACAGAUUGUAUAAUACAUUCACAUAAAACUCAAAUACAGACUCUAUUAAAACUACAACUAAAAGUAUUACAACUAAAACUCAGAAUCCCUCCAAGUCACAGCAUUUUCCUCAGGUACUUCCCUCUAAUAUUAAUAACUGUGGAUAAAAAAUGAGCAGUCUUGGUUAUUAUAUAUUUAUCUUAAUCACACAACAAAUAAAACACUGUAUUUUGGGCAGGCAUCUGCAUAAAAUUCAAGAUGCGUCCUAGAUGCAAUUCUCUUUCAGACUUAUACAAUGGAUAUUGCAUCAUAAUUUGCACUAAAUCCUCAAUAGAAUUUAAACCACAGGGUAGGUACACUCAAGAUAAGGCUCAUUACUAUAUCCUCCCCUAGAACAGCCGAUGUCAUGAUAUUAACAGGCACUAUCUCCUGUCCAAUGUCUAGUGGCAGCUUUUGAGGGAAAUGAUUUUUAUGGGGGAAAUGGUGCAGAGGUGAGGGUCACACCUCUCUUCCUCAUCACCAGAGUCCAAACUGGGCCUCCACAGUGGCUAAGGAUGAAAACAUAUAUUGGAAGUGCUAAUCACGGAUCAUAUGUAGUGGCCCUGACUAAACUUCUAAUUGACUAGUCCUCUUAUGCAUUGAAUAUUUUUGUUUCAUAACACGAUCUAUAAUGGAAGUAUGUGAGAACCUGAAUAGGAUAUUGAUAUUCAUCUGCCUAGUGCUACAUUCAAGAGAUGAGAGCAGCAUGCAACAAACAUGUUACAUAAAGGGAUGGUAUUCUGAACUUUUUGUCUUUUACGUCAUGUAUCUUAUGUUUACUUUUGUUGCAACUGUCAUUUAUCUGCCAUCAAUUCAGAGAUUUCUUACUGGAAGGCAAUAUUCUGAAGCAGAUAAAUGUUUUCCAAUUAUCCACAGUGUACAAUGAACUCCAACAGAACGGUCCUCAGGCCAUGUUCCUGUGAUACGUAAGCAGUGUGGCUGCUGCUUCUGUUUGUCAUUUCUCACAAGAAAGAAGAAAAGGAAAGCCUCAGUAUGUGAACAAAGCCUCACAAGAUGCACUUCAAAAAGUUUAUUAAGGUCCUGCUUUUUGCAGUAGAUCACUCUUCUUCAAAGGAAACUUAGCUAGGUUCUUUUAAAACAACUAAAGAAAUUUUGUGCGGCUUCUGCCACUCCAGCGAUGCUGGAAAUGAGGAAACCACAUGGGAUGAAGACCAAGUGUUAACUUCCCAUAUUAACAUUGUCCCCCACACCCAGGGGCCAAGCAUCUAAAUCCAUUAUUGGCCUCUCCUCAAGUGAAUUUUUGAUUGUUGUCAAAUCCAAAGUUGCUACUGUCAUGUGAGAAGUGACAGUGCAGAAGCAGCAACUACAGGACUUCUGUGCCAUCUGAAGAGUGGCCCACUGAAAGUUGAUGUGUGUGUUUAUUUAUGAAGAGUUUUAUGUCAAAUAAUCCUGGAAUUUGUUGGAAGCUGCUAGAAAAAUGCCUCAUGAAAACGUACACCCGUGGAUUCCUCCUAUAGUCUAAGCUAGAAUGAUACAUAAGUUCUAAGGGAACAGAAUGGAGACUGCUGAGACAUAGAUUGAGCUUAAAAAAUAUCCCCCAGUCCAAAUGUGACUGCAGCUACUCAUUCACUGGUUUUGACAAGCCACUAGCUUUCACUCUCAGAUCUGUAUCAGUAAUAUGGGCAAUGAUACAGGCCUAUCUUAAAGGACUGCUGUGAGCUAUUUAUUUUAUUAUUUAUUUAUUUAGUACCUUUAUAUACCGCCCCAUACAAAAAAAGUCCCUGGGCAGUUCACAAUAUAAAUCAAUUAAAACAUUAACACAAUUAAAACAAUUUAAAAUACAAUAAAAACUUUUCUCUAUAACCAAAUCUUUAAAACUAUAAACUAAAAGCCCGACUAAACAGUUUUAGGUCCCUUAGGUCCUAAAUAUUUUAGGUCCUUCUUAAAAAUAUUCAGAGAAGGGGAAACUCUAAUUUCAUUAGGAAGCAAGAAGAAGGCAUUCUCUUAAAUACCUCAGACUCAAGCCGUUUAGGCUCUAUAGGUAGUAACUAGCACGUUGUAUUUCACCCGGAAACUUAUUGGCAGCCAGUGUAGUUCUUUUUAAAUGGGUGUAAUAUGAUCUCUUCAGGCAAGACCCGGAGACCAACCUGGCUGUUGCAUUCUGUACUAAUUGCAGUUUCCGAACUGCUUACAAAGGUAGUGUGACGUAGAGCGCAUUGUAGUAGUCAAGCCUGGAUAUUACCAGCAUAUGUACCACUGUUUUAAGGUAGUUUAUCUCCAGAAAUGGACGUAGCUGGUGAAUCAGCCAAAGCUGAUAAAAAGUACUCCUGGCCACUGCCUCAACCUGAGAAAUCAGGGAGAGGUUUGGGUCCAGAAGUACUCCCAGACUAUGUACCUGCUUCAGGAAAGGAUGACAUAACUGCUAAUACUAUCACACUCUGACGAGAUAUUUUGAAUAUCAAAAGCUGCACAGCCUGAAUUUCUUGAGGACCUCAGUUUAAGUAGAGAUAUAGGCAAGGAAUUUAAAAAAUAAAUGCAAAUAAAUACACUUCAAACUUGGGAUUAAGAGUGCAUUGUGAUGUCAGGGAUGACUUUGAGCUUUCCACUCAUGGUGUGGUGCUGUGCUUGAUUCAUUACAGUGGUUAACCAUUUCGUGGCCAUAACCUACUACCAGAUUCUGCAGACUCUAAAUGUAUGUUCUGUUCUUUUAGAAGAACAGAGAGAGAGAGAGAGAGAGAGAGAGAGAGAGAGAGAGACUCGUGAAGGACUUACACUCUAUUCAGUCCCUCACUGGGGACUGAACCUGGCAAUUAAUGAAUGUUUGGCUUGUGUACCACCAGUUAGUGCUGUUCAAAGGAGGGAACUACAGAAAGAUUAGCUAGAGCUGGCAAGAGCCAGAGCAGGUCAGGUCAGGUGUUACUCCCUGAUCAUAUAAAGGCUGCCUGAUCACUCUUGUUUACUGAUCUCAGCAAGCUAGGGAUUCUCUUCCUGUUUCUGCUACAAACCUCCAGGUGCCUUUCUGACAUUAUAGUUUUCUGGCCUUAUCCCUUUACCUCAUUUCAUUCCUGCCAAGGGUGCAGCUAGGGGAGAAGGGGCCCGUGUUCACCCCUUUCUCCAAUGGCCUCUCGGAGUGGGGGAGAUAAUGAACAAAAUAGGGAGGGGUGGAGAUGGGGCCCCCCAGGAGCUGGGGCCCCCAAGUUCUUUGAACCUAUUCACUCAAUUAUAGCUAUACCCCUGAUUCUAGCCUCUCCUUGUCCUACCCUUGACUGGAGUCUGUUCUGAUGAAACUAUAAUGUUCCCCAGAAUAUAAUAUGUUACUUGCAGACACAUUUCUGCCACAACUGACCAUAUCCUGACAAUAAAUAAAUCACAAAAGGUUUGCACAUGCUGGUUGUAAUAACUUUGACAAAUAAUAUGAUUCACAAGGGAGCCCACUGACAUAAAAUAAAAAUAAAUUUAAAGGAACACUCACAUGUUAAAUGGUGCCACAUGAAAAAAUUGUGACCCAUUUAUGAUGGACAAGUACAACAAUCACCACUUUCCCCACAACAUGACCUCCUUAUGAAAGAGGCUCAAGGCCCACGGUUGAUCCCUGAUCCCCUAUACUCCAUAGUUUUCUCUUAGCAGACUCAUUUGACCAUCACUUAUCUCCCAUCCCACAUGCAAAUGAGAGCUUUCUCCUAGAUGUCCAUGCAUCUCUCUGGUAAAAUCCCAUUUGUGGUUGCGGGGCAGUAACAGAGCUAAACUGUUGCCUCUUCAAAACAUACCAAUCUCCCUCCAAUGCUAAAGGUAAGCUUCCUGUUGUGUCUUGGGGACAGCUGUAGGAAGUGGGUCACAAGGGGCACUUGACCAAAGCCCUAUCAAAUCUGGAGCCAGCCAUGCAUGAUAUAGAUGUGCAUGGAAAAGCAGUGGUUGGCCACGGUCCAAGUGUCACAUGUCCCCUGUGGUUUGAAGAUGUGUAGCUUCCAUUCACAUUUUAUAUCCACCAUGCAAACACUGGUGGAACAAAGGUGUUGCUGGGAUGUAUUAAACAGCAUGCUAAAGGGGAAUUUGGCAGUUCUCUUUAAGAGACAUGGCUGUAAAAUAACGAUUACAAUGUGCAGGGGGGAAAGUUCAAUUCUAUCUCUUUGCUUCCGGAGUCAUUUUAUAAUGUUUACUUGGUUUAAUGUUUUGUAUAAAGCUGUCUGAUGUGCUAGUGUUUUGUGAUUGGGCCACUAUCUUUCUGAAGUGACUGAAAAUAUUGGUGUUCAAAUCUCUAGCUGUAUAUAGGCAGGGAAUUGUCUGGUUUCCGAUUCUGCCUGGUGGAGAGUUCUAUGAACUCAUAGUCUUCAACAAUCUUUAGCCAACAAAAGCUGGUCUAAUAAAAGAUUCCACAUUA